UUCGCAGUUUCCUCUGUUUAGCAGGUUAUUAUCGCAGGUUUAUCGAGGGUUUCUCCAAGAUCGCCCUUCCUUUGUCCCAGCUGACGAGGAAAUCUGUGAAACUCGAGUGGACUGAUCGAUGUGAGUCAAGCUUUCAGGAGCUCAAGAAGAGGCUUACCACAGCACCGGUGUUGACUAUUCCCGAUCCUUCUCGGAGUUUCACCAUCUUUAGUGAUGCUUCGAGACAGGGUUUGGGAUGCGUACUUAUGCAGGAUGGCCAGGUCGUUGCUUAUGCUUUACGCCAAUUAAAGCCACAUGAACAGAACUAUCCUACGCACGACUUGGAGCUAGCCGCAGUUGUUCAUGCCCUCAAGAUUUGGCGACAUUAUUUAUAUGGCGGUCGAUGCGAGAUUUUCACGGAUCACAAGAGCUUACAGUAUAUUUUCACUCAAAAGGAGCUCAACAUGCGUCAACGUCAUUGGUUAGAGCUUGUCAAAUAUUAUGAUUGUACUAUUCAAUACCAUCCGGGGAAGGUGAAUGUCGUUGCUGAUGCCCUAAGCCGUAAGAUUCCGAAGUGGAAGUGGGAAGAAGUUACGAUGGAUUUUGCCACAGUGUUGUUAAGGUCGUCUGAACAUCACGAUGCUAUUUGGGUCGUGGUGGGCAGAUUGACUAAGGUUGCUCAUUUCUUACCAGUAUCUAUGAAUAUGUAUUUGGACAAGUUGGCUAAAAUUUAUACCCGUGGGAUCAUUCGACUCCACGGAGUGCCCGUUACUAUCGUGUCAGACAGAGAUCCCAGAUUCACCAGCAGAUUUUGGGAGAGUUUGCACAAGGUGAUGGGCACGCGAUUAGAGUUCAGUUCAGCCUACCAUCCAGAGACUGACGGACAGACCGAGUGGACUAUUCAGACAUUGGAGGACAUACUACGAGCUUUGGUUGUUGACAAGGGUGCUAAGUGGGAGUCGUUAUUGCCAUUAGUCGAGUUUGCUUACAACAACAGUUGUCAUGCUUCUAUCCAGAUGGCUCCUUACGAGGCACUUUACGGUCGUAAAUGUCGUUCGCCUCUUUAUUGGGACGAUGUUGGUGAGCGUCGAGUACUCGGUCUGAAGAUGAUCGAGGAAACCGCAGAACAGGUGGAGUUGAUUAGACAAAGGUUAAAGACAACUCAGAGUCGGCAGAAAUCAUCAGCCGAUCAGCAUAGACGAGAUAUCCAGUUUGAUGUUGGGGAGCGAGCCUUUCUUAGAGUUCGUCCAUUCCGUGGCAUCAUUCGACUCGGGAAGAGAGAGAAGUUACAUCCUCGAUUCAUUGGCCCGUUCGAAGUUCUUGAGCCAGUGGGUGAAGUUGCUUAUCGAUUAGUCUUACCUCCCGAGUUGUCUAAUGUACAUAAUGUUUUCCAUGUAUCCAUGUUACGCAAGUACAUGUGCGAUCCCUACCAUGUCCUUCAGCAUACCGAUAUUCAUAUUCAGCCAGAUCUAUCUUAUGAGGAAAGACCGGUAGCUGUAGUGGACCGACAGGUUCGUAGGCUCCGCAAAUGUGAU